AUGGGGGAACUGCAUUUCUUUCUUGGCCUCCAAAUAAAACAGGGAGAGCAUGGUCUCUUCAUUCAUCAAUCAAAAUACUGCAUUGAACUGCUGAACAAAUUUAACAUGGAAACCUGCAAAGAAUCCUCAACUCCUAUGGCUACUAAUUGUUAUCCAGAUGCAGUUGAGGCAGGUCCUACAAUUGACCAAACUAAAUAUCGAGGUAUCAUUGGUUCAUUACUCUACCUCACUGCUAGUCGUCCAGACAUUAUGUACAACGUGUGUGUGUGCGCCAAAUUUCAGUCCUGUCCCAAAGAGUCCCAUUUAAGUGUUGUUAAACGGAUCCUCAAAUAUUUAAAAGGCACUAGAAACCUAGGACUGUUGUAUCCUCAUGGCACAACUAUAUCUCUCAUAGGGUAUAGUGAUUCAGACUUUGGGGGUUGUAAAACAGAUAGGAAGAGCACCAGUGGAACCUGCCUUCUCUUAGUCUGCUCCCUAAUCUCAUGGCACUCCAAAAAGCAAGCCCGCGUUGCUCUUUCCACCACUGAGGCAGAGUAUAUAGUUGCUGGCAGCUGCUAUGCCUAG